AUGGCCGAACAUUCCACCCAUAUUCGACACGUAUUCCUUUACGAGUUCGAAUCUGGCCACUCCGCUGCUGAAGCCCAUCGAAACUUAAGUCAAGUAUUCAGCACUGAAGCCCCUUCUGAUCGGUCUGUGCGCGUCUGGUUCCAGCGCUUUAAAGUUGGAAACAAGAAACUCGAAGAUGAGCCUCGCUCUGGUCGACCGACUGCAUUAUCGUUCGAUGAUCUGAAGAAUCUGGUGGAGCAGCAUCCAUAUGAAGGUGUGCGGUAUUUCGCUUCCAGUCUUGGCUGUUUGCUGUCCACCGUGAGAAAUGUACUGCGGAAUGGUGAAAAAGCUCGAAGCCGCAGAUUCGACUGGCUGGGCAACAUAGUCACUGGAGAUGAAAAAUGGUUCCUCUACGUCAACCACACCCACAAACGUGCGUGGUGCGCUGACGAUGAAAUGCCGGAUCCUUUCUUAAAAGGUGAAAUCCGUGAGAAGAAGAUCCGCAAGGAGCACCCGAAGCUCGACAACGUUCGCCAGCUGCACGAUAACGCGCGCCCUCAUAUUGCGAAGAAGACUUCCCAGAAAAUACUGGAGCUCGGAUGGAAAGUUCUACAGCACCCAUCGCACAGCCCAGACCUGGUCCUGAGCGACUACCAUCUCUUCCGAUCGCUUCAGCAUCACCUGGAAGAAAAGCGCUACGAUGAUCGUGACCACCUCGAAAAUGACCUUCGAGCUUUCUUCGCCUCCAAGUCGCCGGAGUUCUACGCCAAAGGAAUCUGUGAUCUUGUGAGACGUUGGCAGAGGAUUGUCGAUGUUGAUGGAGACUAUUUCGACGAAUAA